AUUUGAUAGUUUUAAAAGAAGAUGAAAGUUUUGGUGUUUUCAACUUUUUGCGAAGAGAAAGAAAAGGGAAAUUUGGUGCUUUCACUUUUAGAGAAAAGGAAGAAGGGGGGAUUUUGGUAUUUUUUAUUUGUGAGAAGAGAAAUUAGAAGUGAGAAAGUUUGUUUUUUUAUUUAUGUAAAGAGAAAUAAGGAGGAAAAUUUUGUCAUUUCAACUUUUUGAGGAAGGAAAGAAGAGGCAAAUAUUCUUUCAAUUUUAGUUUUGAUGGAAGAGAAAAAAAGAGGAAAACUUGAGUGCUUCCAAUUAUGGAAGGGGAAAGGAGGGAAACUUUAAUAUAUAUAUAUUUUUUUUUGCGAAAAGAAAGAAGAAAACUAUUUUGGUGUUUUCAACUUUUUGGUGUUUCAAAAUUUAAGUCUUUUAAAUAUGAAUCUUUAAUUUAUAUGAAGGGCAUGACUAAUUUACUAUAUUAUAGUCUUAUAGAAAUAACUAUUUGACUAUAUUAGAUUUGAGGAUCUAUCAUGAAUUAUCCCAUCUUCAAUAUAUUGUCACCCGAAUUAUCUCAAAUGCAUGUAUUUUACAUUAUAAAUCAUAUACCUAAUUACUUAUCAAUUUAAUUAUCACAAUAUUUGCGUACGAAUUAUGAUGAUUUAGGAGUUUAAUAUUUAGUGACUAAGACAUUGUCUAUAGUAAACCUUAUUAUAGUCUUAUAAGUUAUAAGGGCUUAUGACUAAUUGGUUAUAGUAGAUUUGGGAACAUAUCAUGACUUAAAAGUUUAGCAUUUGGUAGCUAAGACAUUGUCUAUUGGAGAACCUAUCAUGAGUCAUCUUAUCAUAAUAAACCAAUCGUUUCUGUUAUAAUACAAAUAAUCUAACACCCACUAUAUGAAAUAAUUUACGAAUUUCUGAUAAACAAUGUACUUAUCUGACUAUAUGAACUAAUUAGUUUUACUAUUUUUAGGGUAGGAGUUAUUUUAUUUUGCAGGUUAUAUAUGUAAUUCUCUAUGGUUUAGUAACUAGACUAACCAUUAGUUACAACAAUCACUUGUUUUAAAAAAUUUACUUAAUUUGUCUACUUGUUUUAUAUGCUUCUACAUUUAUUGCAACUUCAGCCCUACAUGAUUGUUAUUUUACAACACUAAGUAAACCUUAGGCACAUUUAAGUUGUGUUCGAAUUGAAUUUUGAUUUCAAAAUGAGGAUUGAACUGGUCUGUUAAGUCAUACUAUUGCAAUAACUCAAUCAUCUAAAAGAAUACAAAAUUAAUGUUGCACUUUGACAGGUUUAUUAAACUUUUAUUAGUAUUUCUGCCAAUAAAUCUUUUAUAAGUACAUAUAUGAAAAUGAGGUAGAAACAAAUUUUCUAAAAAUUGCAAAAAUAAAUAAAUUGAAAUUAGUGUAAUAAAUAAAGUGUAAGUUGUAACGAGUAAAGAGUAAGCAACACAGGAUCUGACCACAAUAACCCGCACCUAAUAUGCAUGCAACCCAUCCGCCCAAUAAUCCGAUCAACCCAUAACCGAUGGACCAGGAACCGGAUGAACCCGCAACUCAACUGCCCAUAACUCAAUGAGCCCGUAACCCGACUAAUCCGAAUCCAACUAACCCGCAACCCGAUGAGCCCACAAUCCUACUAACCCAUCACCCAAUGAACCCAAAACCUACUAACAUGCAACCCGACUAACCCGCAACCCGAUGAACCCAAAACCAGACUAACCCACAACCGAUGAAUCCGCAACCCGACUACCCGCAACCCGAUGAAUCCGAACCCGACUAACCCACAACCUGAAAAACUUGAAACUCUACUAACCCGUAAUCCGAUUGAACCAAACCUGAACCUGCCCGAACCCCUGGUUGGUUGCAUUGGUAGCAGUUAAUAUUGGCAUGGUUGUUCCCCCCCCCGCAACCCGAUGAACCCAAAACCAGACUAACCCACAACCGAUGAAUCCGCAACCCGACUACCCGCAACCCGAUGAAUCCGAACCCGACUAACCCACAACCUGAAAAACUUGAAACUCUACUAACCCGUAAUCCGAUUGAACCAAACCUGAACCUGCCCGAACCCCUGGUUGGUUGCAUUGGUAGCAGUUAAUAUUGGCAUGGUUGUUCCCCCCCCCCCCCCCCCCCCCCCCCCGCAUUGAGAACUGUAGUUUUGCUACCGAUUAUUGUAUUGUUACGGUUGUGAUACUGGUUGGUUGGAGUGGUAGCGGUUGGCGGUAUAAAGAGUUGAGAUAAAAUUGAAAGUUGAUGAAAUUUAAUGCCAAAUUUGAAUGUUAUUAAAAACUGCAAAAUACUUAAUGGUGGGCACCAUAUCUGCUCCCAACUUUCUCAUAAUGGAUUAGGAGUUAGGACAACAAACGGAUAUAUAGUAUUAUCUUUUUGAUUGUCAAACAGAUCAUGUUAUAGUAUAAUGGCGUAUAUUUGAUACGGAUCAUAUAUAUAUACACAUAUAAAUAUAGCCAUUUGUUCAAGUUGUCAACUGCUAAUUAAUUCUGAAAGUCAUAUUCGAGGUGUUUGCUUAACUGGACGCAUUUCGAGAUGUAAUUGGCACAUAUUUACUUCAACAUUCAAUUUUAUUUUUGUUUAUUUUGGAGCUGGAAAGGAACAAUUUAGGCACACAAGUAAACAGCAACCUGCAUGACAAAAGUCAUCUUUUCCGUGAUUAAGCAAAUGGAAAUGUUAGUUGAGCCACAAACAUUAAUAAAUAGUGAUUUGAUAUGUCUUAAAUAAGAGUGCAUAUAGUACUCCUUCGAUUUUCAUCUUCUCACUUGUCUUGAAAUCCAGCACAGAGCAGAGAAUCAACUUACUUUCGUGUAAUCGAUUCACCACUUCUAAUUGAUGAAGCUCUAUCAACCUAUGAUGAUAUUCUCUCUCCUACGAUAAACUAGUAAUCAGCAGAAAGUGAUUUAAGACUCAAAGGAUUUCUAAAUAAUGCAUCAAAUAUAUAUAUAACGUCGAGUUCCACGAUCAUGGGUUCAAACACAUCGAUCCUAACAUACAAAACUAGGAUUCUUCAUACCCAAGUGAGAAAGAGCUUUACUCCAUAGAGAGAGAUCAACACACUGGGGAAAGAAAUCAUCAUGGUGUAAGUAGGCAAUGAGAAUCUGCUCUGAAAUGGUGAUCUUCACUAGGGAUGAAACUUGAGCUCCACUGGUGGAAGGAUGGCUCAAAUAAGCUCUCUAGGGUUCUUCUAGCUCAUUUUCAGAUGUCAAAACUCGGACCCCUUGAGAAAAACCAGUCAACACCCUUUUAUACUCGACAAUGUACAAGUCACGACACCAAGUCACGAUAAUGAAUUUGAACAUCACUCUGUGACAUAAGCACAAAAUGACAUCAUGAUAUUAAGUCAAAAGGGGGAAGUCACGGUCACGUUGUUCAUGUCAUGGUCGUGACCGUGACUUGAGAUGGCCUGUCGUGACAUAAAAAAUGCUCCUGAAUCUUUGUGUAGGUCACGGUCUGAAGGUUGAAUGUCACUACCCAGACCGUGACUUCGAACUUCUGGCCGUGAAUUUUGACUCUUGUUCACCUUUGUCCCAUUUUCACCUUCAAAUGUCCCGAAACUCACUCCUAUGCUUUAUCCACUAGAGCUUGGAAUGUGACAAAAGAAGAAUAACCUAGCAUUAAUAGGCCAAAAACCACUAAAACCAAGCUAAACGACCAAGAAAUGAGGAUACAAAAUAUGUAUAAUAUCAGGUUUUAUGCAACAAACUAAGGGGAGCAUUGUAUUCAACUAUGGUUGAGACAUUUCCUUUUUAUAUAUUCGUGUGAGUCUUGUGUAACCUGAAAUUCUUGGACAGGUAAUCGGCUGCAAAAAAAAAAAGCAAAGAAAGGGAGAAUGUUAUGAUUCCCUUUUUGCAUACGACACCACACAUGUAAGCCCAACCGAUCAAGAAAUGAUAAUAUCUUAUUCUAUUUUCUACAUAACAACCAAGGUGGAAAAUUGACGAAGUUUAAGUGAAGAAAACAACCUUUCAACCUCUGAACGCCUGUCGAGCUUGGUCGACAAAACGUGGGCCUCAACCUAAGUACAAAAGCCAACCGUUGGAAGGAAUCUUCUAUUAUUCUAUAUUAAUCACUAACUAGUUGUUGUGGAACUUGAGUUAUGGGUGAUGCUUUCACACGAUGUUCUUAGUUGGGCGGGAAAAGGUGUUUUUGAAGGGUGAUGCGAAGUUUGUUAUUGAUCAGGUUGACUCGUUGUUGGUUUCAGAUGGCAAAAAACAAGACCAUACUCGGAGAUAUUCGUCAAGUAUGUGCAACAUGCCCCAACUUUGGACUUCAAUUUAUUGGUAGGUAAGACAAUAGAGCGAUUAAUUUGGUAGCUAAAAUGUCAUUUUUUUGAGUCCUUUUUUUUUGGGUAAGAUUCUUUGUGUCCUUUUAGCAUAGUAAGGUUUGAUUUUUGUCUAUAAUUGUCCUCGAUUUUGUGAAACAAUGUAUCCAUAUUUUCUUAGUAAUUCAAUUCAAACGUACGAGUAUAAGUGCUACGUUUUCUUCGAGUAAAAGCAGAAUAGAGAGGUGUGGUAUAUUACAGAAAAGUAUCCUCAUCGCCAAAGAAACUCCAGAGUCAUCCCGCUCUUGUCCAUUCCGCACCGCAUAGACGAGCAGACAGACAGAGCCGAAGAAGUCUCUUUCUUCCCCCUCUGACACUCAUCGGUCCGAUUUUUCCCUCCUUGGGGCAACUCGGAUAUCUCCGCUUCCCGGUGAAAAAGAAGAAGGGUUGCUUCCAAGCAAAACGGGCAAAAGACCGAACAAGUCCGAUGUCUACGUCAUCUCCGACUGCUACCCAUCUAGUGCUUCUGCUCCUUUCCGUCUUAGGGUUAGGUUUCGGUUCUGGUUACAGCCACGCUCUCAAAGUUCCGUUUAGGGUUAAUGAUGUUCUCCCGGUGCUUCCGCGUCAAAUUGCGUGGCCCGUGUUGAACAAUCUCCACGCUGCCGUUGACUUGAUGCCGUAUUACGUCGGAUCGGUCACUCCGGCGAACGGGACGAUUCGGUGGAAAGGAGCUUGCUUUUAUGACAACGAAGCUCGAAUCGACUUCACCCAUGGCGAUCGCGACGAGCCUGGUUUGGGCGGUGGCGUGCUCUACCUAAAGACAUCCGCAGCACAUAGUUGGACCUGUAUGGAUUUGUAUGUUUUUGCUACGCCGUAUAGGGUUACAUGGGACUACUACUUUUCUGCCAGAGAUCACACACUGAAGUUUGAUUCAUGGGAGGAACGUGCAGAGAUGGAAUAUGUGAAGCAGCAUGGGGUAUCUGUGUUUCUGAUGCCUGCAGGAAUGAUGGGGACCAUGCUCUCUUUAGUAGAUGUUUUGCCGUUGUUCUCGAACACAGCUUGGGGUCAGAGUUCUAAUUUGGCUUUUCUAGAGAAGCAUAUGGGUGCCAAGUUCGAGAAGCGUCCUCAACCAUGGCAAGUGACUAUAAACCCCGAUGAGGUUCACUCUGGUGACUUUCUUGCUGUUUCAAAGAUUCGUGGUCGGUGGGGUGGGUUCGAGACUCUAGAGAAAUGGGUAACUGGUGCAUUUGCUGGUCACACAGCAGUUUGCCUGAAGGAUGAGCAAGGCAAUCUAUGGGUUGGUGAAUCAGGCCAUGAGAAUGAAAAGGGUGAAGAGGUAAUAGCAGUAAUUCCAUGGGAUGAAUGGUGGGCAUUGUCCUUGAAGGAUGAUUCCAAUCCACAAAUUGCUCUGCUUCCCCUGCAUCCAGAUGUGCGUGCUAGAUUUAACAACACUGCAGCUUGGGAAUAUAUGCAGACCAUGGCUGGGCAGCCAUAUGGUUACCAUAACAUGAUAUUUAGUUGGAUUGAUACAAUAGCUGACAAUUAUCCACCACCUCUUGAUGCUCACUUGGUCAUUUCUGUCAUGUCUAUGUGGACUCGUGUGCAGCCAGCAUAUGCUGCAAACAUGUGGAAUGAAGCCCUAAACAAACGGCUGGAGACUGAGGAUUUGGACUUGUAUGGAAUUCUUGCUGAGGUGGAAAAGCGCGGCAUGUCCUUUGAUGAGUUACUCACGCAACCAGAGCAAGAUGAAUGGGUAUAUAGUGACGGGAAAUCCACAACCUGUGUUGCUUUCAUUCUCCAAAUGUAUAAGGAAGCUGGAUUGUUCGAUCCCAUUGGCAGCUCCAUCCAAGUGACUGAAUUCACCAUUCGUGAUGCUUACAUGCUCAAAAUAUUCGAGAACAAUCAAACCCGCUUUCCUAGCUGGUGCAGUAAUCGAGAUGGCCGGCUCUCGUUCUGCCAAAUCCUCGGUGAGUACUGGAUGGAGUUGCCCGAGUACAAUAGCAUAGAGCCAUAUGCCAAGAUGAACGAAAACUGCCCAUCUCUACCUCCCAUCUAUGACAGGCCUUCUCAGUGUUAAAGCUUUUUAAUAUAUAACACAUCCCUUUCUGUGCCUUUCUGCCAACCAGAAAGGUACUACUCAAAUACCACGUCUGUAGCACUACUACACCAUUUCUUACACUAUACUUGAACCCAUGCUUGUAAGUGUAACUUAUGUGUGCUUCUGUACAUAAAACCACGCCGAUAGUGGGUCUAUUAGUUCAAGUUUGGAACUUCUUAGUAGAAUAUAUGUUUGCUAUGAAUUGUAUGAAUCAGAAUAAAUGUGGAGCACGCACAAUCUCUGUUUAUACCUGCAAUAGCAGCAUAUUUCUGUUAUAAAGAACACUGGUGAAAACAAAUCCUUUCCUAUUUA